GAAGUGACAGGCCGGCGGGCGGCGGCCGACGACGUUCGUCACUCGGUGCGGGAGGGAGGGAGUGAGAGCCGCGCGGCCGACCCUCCGGUGUCACAGACCCAGGCUAGAGGUGAGCAUGGCGGAGCAGGAGCCCACUGCAGAGCAGCUGGCGCAGAUUGCCGCUGAGAACGAGGAGGAUGAGCACUCGGUCAACUACAAGCCCCCAGCCCAGAAGAGCAUCCAGGAGAUCCAGGAGCUGGACAAGGACGACGAGAGCCUGCGCAAGUACAAGGAGGCCCUGCUGGGCCGCGUGGCCGUCUCUGCAGACCCCAACGUCCCCAACGUCAUCGUGACCCGCCUGACCCUGGUGUGCAGCUCAGCCCCAGGCCCCCUGGAGCUGGACCUGACAGGUGAUCUGGAGAGCUUCAAGAAGCAGUCUUUUGUGCUGAAGGAGGGUGUGGAAUACCGGAUAAAAAUUUCCUUCCGGGUGAACAGAGAGAUCGUGUCGGGCAUGAAGUACAUCCAGCACACGUACAGGAAAGGCGUCAAGAUCGACAAGACCGACUACAUGGUGGGGAGCUACGGGCCCCGGGCCGAGGAGUAUGAGUUCCUGACCCCCAUGGAGGAGGCGCCCAAGGGCAUGCUGGCUCGCGGCAGCUACAACAUCAAGUCCCGCUUCACAGACGAUGACAAGACUGACCACCUGUCCUGGGAGUGGAAUCUCACCAUCAAAAAGGAGUGGAAGGACUGAGCCCCAGCCUGGGAGGCGGGCAGGGCGGACGGACAGGCAGACGGACGGACGUGCCCCAUCUCUACCCCAGCCCCUACCCACCCCAUACCAAAGUGCUGACAGGGCCCCUCCCCGGCCGUCACCUCACCCUGGUCUGCCUCUGGGUCUGGCUCAGCCGGAGCUCCUCCACCUGCCCCUCCUCAGCCCUCCAGCCCGCAGGCCCCCAGCCUCCUCGGUGGUCUCGUGUCUUGUUGCUGCUUUUGCCUGUGCUGUGGGGGAGAGAGGCUCCGGCCCCAGCCUCUGCUGCCCUUUCUGUGUCCCUCUGGGUCCCCUCUACCUGUCAUGCCUGAGGCC